AUGGAAGUACCAGUAGAACCGUGGGAUGAUUUCUUGGCAAAGUGUGAAGUGGGAAAGAAACAGAGCAAAACAGUGAGUGAAUCGGAAUGGGAAUGGUUCGAUCAGCUUUGCGAGUUAGCAGACGAAGAGUGCUGCUGCUCCGAACUGGACCAAUCUCUCCAGCAAGUCACCCUCACCGUCAGGCUGGAUGCUAGCACCUAUACAUUGGUUCUAUCACGCAGUGCUGAUUUUCCACGCAGCAGCCCCGAGAUGAGCAGUUCUUUGGGGGCUUCUUUUGAAUAUGAAUGGCACAGUGGGGACACAAUUUCCUCUCUCUAUCGUCAGUUUAUUGAAAUCUGCCUGAGGAUUGAUUUCGCAGUGAUGGCAUGCAAAGAAGUCAGCUUUCCUUUCGUAUUCAAAGAGUGGCAAAUCGACAAAACUGAUCCUACCUCGAUAAGCAUCACGCUUACAUGCAAUGAAGGAAAUGCGGAGAAUGAGGGUUUUACCCUCAAUUUAUCUGUGGACUGGUCGGAGCCAAAUCUUUUUCCACGCUCAAUCACUUCACCAACCCCGGAAUGUCUUCAGCAUUUACGAUUCGACGAGUGGGACUCGUCGCUGCCUUUUGCUGAAAAUUUACGCAGAAUUUUUUUGUUGAAUCAUGAUGAAAACACUUUGUGCACAUGUCUUGUCGGAAGGGAAGAAAACGGAAAGCGACGCAAAAGAAGACGGUGGUGCCGUCAGGCGAUGAUGCAAUGA